AUGGCACCUCCAAACACUAAUAAGCGAUGCAAAGGCGUCCAGAUAUUUCGACCAUUUGUAUUUGGGUCUACGGCUAGACUAUUCGAUCCUGUUACCAAUCCCAAACCAGCAGGAACGCCGGAUGAUCAUACACAUUCGUGGACUGUGUUUGUUAAGGGUGUAGAUGAUGUUGAUAUCACCUAUUGGUGUAAGAAAGUCACCUUCAAACUCCACGACUCGAUUCCAAAUCCAACUAGAAUAAUCGAAAAUGUCCAACCAGGCACCCCCUUCCAAGUCUCGGAAACAGGCUGGGGAGAAUUCGAAAUCGUAAUCAAAAUCUACUACGUCCCAGAAGCCUCCGAAAAACCACAAACCCUCUACCACCACCUGCGUCUUCAUCCCUAUGGCACGGACGCCGAAAAAGAAGAAAUGCGCACGAAAGGUGAAGUUAUAAGUUGGUCCUACGAAGAACAGCUCUUCAACGAGCCGAACGAGCAGUUCUUUGAUCUGCUUACGAGCCCGGUGGAUCGGAAGGCUGCGGGUGGCAAGGGUGGGAAGGGGAAGGGCACGAAGUUGAUGAGGGGCGGGAUGGUGGGGAGUACGGGGGAGAGAACGGCGUUGAUUCCGGUUGGGAGUCGCCCGGGCCAGCCGUACAGUAGGGAGACGGAGAAGAAGGAGAUGAGGCGGAUGGGGGAGGCGAAGGCGAAAGUUGAUGAGAUGGUUAAGGAGGCGCAGAGGCAGUAUAUGGAUGCGGAGAGGGAGUUGGCGGCUUUGAGGCAGGGUUGA